AUCUCUGGAGGAGGAAGGGAUGGACUGUUCAUUUCAGAUGUCCUCAAAGACUCCCCAGCUGCCAAAAAUCUGCCUCUGCAAGAAGGGGACCAGAUCAUCAGUGCACGAGUAUACUUUGAGAACAUUAAGUAUGAAGACGCAUUGAAAAUCCUACAGUAUGCAGAACAUUACAAAGUCUCCUAUUGCCUCAAAAGAACAGUGCCGUCUAGUGAUGUCACGGUGUCAUCAGAAUCUGGGACUGUAGAGGUCAAAGGUCCAAAGGCCAAGAUGCCAAAAAUGUCUGUGAAAAGCCUUACACCUGUGAAGAAGAAAAAAAAGAAGGUGCCAAGUCAAGGGAAGGAUUCUGACGUUUCAGUGGAGGCUAUGAAAGGCUCUGAACUGUCUGUUGCCAAUAUGGACAUUCCACCAGUAGAUGUUGAGUUCUCCUUCCCCAAAUUCUCCAAACUAUUGAAAACAAAAGGUGGUGUAGAAGGUGAAGCUGUCCCCAAGACUACAGAGGUUUCCACAGCAGAAGAACAGAAAGGGCUAAAGAUAAAAUUCCCACGAUUUAGGGUCAAG